CAAUCACACACAAGAGGCAUAAAGUCAUAUUGCAGUUGAGAAAAGGUGGAACGCACCCUCCCUCCCGGUCCAGAGGACAGUUGCGUCUGCGGAGGUGCGCGCACUCAGCAGCGUGCCGCCGCUCGGGUCGCCCGGACACUGCGGUGGAGGACCGGUACCUUUGCCAUCGCUGCGGCUGCUCGCUCCCGGCACUGUGCACGUCCCGGCUGCGGACUUCCCGAGCCCUGGAGAGAGAGAGAGAGCAGGGGAGCAGGGAAGAGCCGAACGCGCCAUGGCCGAGUCCAACCCGCUGCGGGGGUUCCCCCGUCUGCGCCGGGCUGCGACCUCAUUUCCAGGAAAUCUGCAUUUGGUGUUGGUGCUCCGCCCCACCGACUUGUUUAGCUCCGCCCCCAGUCCGUCUUCAAGCACUGACCUGGGCUUCCGCUUCAGCCAGGAUGACUUCCUGUUGAAGAUGCCGUUGUUGAUGCUGCAGUCGGUCGGUGACCUGCUGCGAUACAUCGACGAGAACCACCUGACGACAGACUUCACGGCGAAAGUGGAGUACUGCCAGAGUGACUGGGUCGUCCUCCGCACGGCCAUUGAGACCUUUGCGGUGACAGUGAAGGAGAUCGCUCAGCUGCUGCAGAGCUUCGGUUCGGAGCUUUCGGAGACCGACCUUCCGGAUGAAGCCAACGCCAUCGAGUCCCUGCUGCACUCCCACACACACCGAUACAGACAGAUGAAGGACGAUAUCCGGAGCGUGCAGAAAGAAGGUCGGCUGCUGCUGUCCAACCUGGAGACCGUCAAGGCCUCCAAGAGAGAUGUGGAGGAGGAGCGCGACCUCAAAUCAGACAUGGGCACAGUUCAAAGACUCCUGGCUCAGCUCAGAGACAUGGAGGAGGCGUUCGAUGGCUUCUUUGAGAAACACCACCUGAAGAUGCAGCAGUACCUCCAGCUGCUGCACUAUGAAAUGAGAUUUCAGCAGAUGGAGGAGGCACUGGAGAACAUCGGUGUCCAGGAGAUGGACAUUGCCUCUGUGGGAACCACGGUGGUUCUGACAGAACAGCUGCUGACGGACCUGGAGAUGCUGGACACACGCGCUCAGGAGGAGAUGGCCCGCGCCCAGGUGGCGAUCCUGUACGGCCACCAGUUGGCCGCCAACCACCAUUACGCCCUGUCGCUCAUCAUCCAGCGCUGCAACGAGCUGCGAUAUCGCUGUGACAUCAUCACCGCUGCCAUACGCACAAAGCGGGCCUCGCUCAGCCGAGCACGAGACCUGCUGCUCCGUCUGGAAGAGGCCCUUCGGUGGUGUGAUGAUGGCGCCUACAUCCUGGCCAGUCAGAUGGUGGACAAGUUCCAGACCAGAGAGGGAGCUCAGGAGGCACUGGAGUACCUGAGCUGUCACCAGGAGAGGGCGCCAUCAGCACUGAAAAACACCCACGACAUUCUCAGCCUGGAGUUUGAAGCCAUACUCACCCCGCAGCUGCAGUUCCAAAUUACCAUGGUAACAGAGAAGCUGAACGCGGUGCAGUCCAUGAUCAGAAACAGAGAGCAGUGUCUGAAAAAGUUGGCGGACGUACAAGUCAGACCCGUUCAGCUGGUGGCCCCCAGGCCGGAACCUGACCAGCGCUGCAAGUCACCCCUCUUCUCCCCCAAACAUGGUGUAGACUUCAAUGUCCUGAACACCAAGUUCUCUUUUGACUUGCUACCUGGCAAAAGAGCUGCGAGGAGGAACAACAGCCAACGCAAGAUCGAGGUAAUGCACGACUUCCAAGGCAACCGCAGCUGUCUGUACGGCUCCACCACGGACACGGAAUCGGAGGCAGAAGACAAUCCAGAGCAGCUCACGCGCCAUAUUAUGAAGGAGCUGAUAGCGACAGAGAGGAUAUAUGUGGACGAGCUGCUCUCUGUCCUUCUGGGCUACAGGGCAGAAAUGGAGGACCCAUCCAUGUCUAAUCUUCUUCCUUCAGCUCUUUGCAGCCAGAAGGACGUUCUCUUCGGCAACAUGCCAGAGAUUUACCAGUUCCACAGCAGGAUCUUCCUCCAAGAUUUGCAGGGUUGCCUGGAGACACCAGAGAGGGUGGGGACUUGCUUCCUGCAACGGAAAGAGAAGUUCAAGGUGUAUGAGCGUUACUGCCAGAACAAGCCUUGCUCCGAGUUGCUAUGGAGACAGUGCUCUGAAUCGCCCUUCUUCAAGGAAUGCCAGAAGAAGCUGGACCACAAGCUGGGUCUGGACUCUUACCUCCUCAAACCAGUCCAACGUCUCACCAAGUACCAGCUGCUCCUCAAGGAGCUGUUGAGGCACUGCACGGAGGAGCGAUACCGCUGUGGACUCCAGCAGGCUCUGGACUCCAUGCUGGAGCUGCUCAAGUCUGUCAACGACUCCAUGCACCAGAUCGCCAUCACUGGAUACCAGGGGGACCUCAGCCAGCUGGGCCGAGUGGUGAUGCAGGGAGGCUUCAGCGUGUGGAUCAGCCAUAAGAGGGCAGCGGUGCGAAUGAAGGAGCUGGCCAGGUUCAAACCCAUGCAGAGGCAUCUCUUCCUUUACGACUUUGCUCUGCUCUUCUGCAAGCGCAGAGACGAGGACAAUCACGAGAGGACGCCCUUCUACAGCUUCAAAUCCUGCCUCAGAAUGAGUGCAGUGGGAAUCACAGAAAAUGUGAAAGGAGAUGUGAAGAAAUUUGAAAUCUGGUACAGUGGCAGAGAAGUAGUGUACGUAGUACAGGCUCCCACACUAGAGGUCAAGGUUUCCUGGCUGACAGAGAUUCGAAAAAUUCUGAUUAACCAUCAGAAACCGUGUCAAGAUGAGGCUCCUUCUCUUCCUCUUUCAGACAACCCCCUUUCCGACAGUGCGUCAGAGAUGUGUGUGUCGUGGGGCGGAGCGUCGGUGGGAGGCUGCUCAGCGUGUCUCCCUGUUCCUCACAGCUCCUCCACAACAAGUUACCCCCACAGACAACGGGAGGAGGAGUCAAUCGACACAAGCCCCGCCCACACGGAACCCAUCGUUCACUCACCUCGACGCACUUGGCCUGUUCCUGCCCACUCAGUGGCCAUAUGUGAGGGUCUAGAGGACUGGGGUGCAGCUACGGAACUCUCCAACUUAACAGACUCAGACGAGGAGGAUCAGCCGUCCCCCCUGGUGGUGGGCAGGUACAGGGUCAUGGUCGAGAGCAGCAUGGCCAGCACUGAUGACAUCAUCUUUAACUGCGGCGAUGUCAUCGAGCUACUGCAUAAGGAAUUGUCAGGAAUGUGGAUGGUGAGGAAUGUAAGUCGUGGGGAAGAAGGGCGUGUUCUACCCGAGGACCUGCACAGGAUUCUGGGAGAGACCUGCUAAGAGCCAAUCAGAACAGAGGAUAGAUGACACGCACAGAUUCACAUGUGCGACAGACUCAUGUGACACUGCAGAGAUGUUCAGCAGAAGAAGAACAUCACCUGCACAUUUUACUCUUCCAACCACUGGGACAUUUUCCCCUCAGAAGGCUGUACAAUUCAGAACUGACCUCAGAAGACUAACAAUGCAAAGCACAUAUGUGGGACCUUGUUUUCUUUAGCUAUUUUUUUCCACCAGUAGAUUAUUUUGGAUUUGGCAUUAUAACUAAAGACGUUGAAGUUUUGUUGUACACGUUUUAUCAUUUCUAUUUUCUUAUAAAAUACGACGGAAGUCAUGGAUAUGCCUCUCGACAUAUCAAUAAUGUUUGUGUGCCAAACAGCUCAGAUAAUUAUUGUGCACAGCAGCCUGCUACAUCACUAUAAAUGCAUGUUGCAAAUCGCCAUGGUUACUCCGCCUCUUAUAGGCAAAAACAGACAGUUAGCAUCUUCUUGGUUAAUGUACAGGACUGGAAAAAAACAAGGGAAGAAAAGAAUAUCCAGCAGUAGUAAGUCCAGGUCUCCUCGUUCAUAUCAGCCACAGUGGAUUUGUUUACAAUUUUCUGUUUUACUUUUGCUGCAGUUGAUAUAUUUUUUUAAUUGUUGUAAAAAAAAAUCUUCUAAAUUUGUUAUUUUAGAUUGGGGAGAAUUCUGCAACUCUUCUAUGAAAUGAAUCUUGUCCUCCUGCAGCUGUUAUUGCCACUGAGAUGAGAUGCGCUUUAUGUCUCUGUUCGCUGCUCUGCAUGGACACACACAUCUCAUGCCCGAUGCUUUAUUUGUGUCCGUACUGCUAGUUUAACAUGGGAAUUAUGAGUAGGAACAGGUAGUAAUAGGUACGCAAUGAUAAAUAAGUGUAGAAUUUGAAUUGCCAGAUGAACUAUUACAAUUACAUCGUAGAUUACUACAUGUAUAAUAUGGACUUUCAAUUUAGGGAAAUGAUUUAAUUAGAAAGAAAAUAUUCACAGUUUUAUAGUUAAAUCAUGAACAGCUAUUCCCUUAACUGUGAAUAUGUACAUCAAUUUAACGUUCAUCUAAAUGGUAAAACAUUUUUGAACAGUUAGAUGUUGGCACUCAUCUAUCAAGUGACUGAAGUUACAUUACUUUCCUCCCCAAUUGUUGCAUAUCUGGAUUAUUAUUAAAAUCUCGCGAAAUUAAACUAUAGAUUAAUUUAAACACUGAAUAUGGUUUAUUCUUACACACAGUGGGGACACUUGAUAGCGAGUGCCGGACGGUCUAAAUAAGGUGUGACCAAUGAAACUCAUUAAUGAGUAACAUUUUACCAUGUUUUAUUUAUUUAACGUCCACCCAAAACAGGCUAUACACUAUAAUCAGGUGUGUUAAUGGUCAGGCUACAAUAUGUUUUUUCCACAUUACCUUUAACUGGCGAUUGCUGCUUUUGCUCAUUUUGCACUUUUUUAUAUUUUGAAUCAAUGAAUGUGAAAGCUUGUAUUAUGCCUAUUUUCCUAAAUAUAACACAGGGUUAUUAGAUUUCAUUCAA